GCCUCCCCUCGGCUCGGCUCGGCUCGGCUCGGCUCGGCUCGACUCGACUCGGCUCAGCCUGCUGCUGCGAGUGCGGGUCUUCUUCCUUCUCCCCAUCUCUGCCGCAGAGCAGCGGAUCUCUGACGGGCAUGGAGCCAGCGGGCGCGUUCGGCGCCGGGAAGGUCGGGAGCGCCGCUUUCGACCCGGUUGCCUUCUUCACACAUCCCCGGACCAUCGUCAGACUGAUGUCGUGGGUCUUCUCCAUUGUUGUGUUCAGCUGUAUUGUGAACGAGGGGUACAUCAACAUCGGGAGCGAGCGGUUGCUCUGCGUCUUCAAUAACAACGCCGACGCCUGCAACUACGGCGUUACCGUGGGCGUGGCCUGUUUCCUCGGCAGCAUUUGUUUCCUGAUCUUGGACGUUUACUUCCCCUCCAUCAGCAGCGUCAGGGACAGAAGACGCGCCGUUCUGCUGGACCUCACCUUCUCCGCACUGGCCAGCUUCCUGUGGUUCGUCGGAUUCUGUUUUCUGGCCAAUCAGUGGCAGGCGACAUCUCCAGAUGAGCUGCCGUUGGCGCAGGGCUCCGACGCUGCCAGAGCCACCAUCGCUUUCUGCUUCUUCUCCAUUCUCACUUGGGCUGUACUGACGCUGAGUGCGCUGCGCCGCUUCUUAUCAGGCAGUAAUAUGACCCUGUUCACAUGGCAACACCUGGACCCCACCCCCGGCAACGCUCGAGCCACACCUUACCCUAUCGCAAACGGAGCCACCAUCGUCACCACCAAUCCCUACCAAGCCCCGCCCUUCACCGAAACCUUGGACCCCCAGAAGCUCACACAGCAAAGACCGAUGGCCCCUGCCUUCUAGAGCGGAGAGAGCGGCGCUACGGAGCGAACCGAGGGGAACCGAGGGGACGGCCAGAAAGGAUGAGAGAAGAUGGCGCGGUGUGACGUGAGGAACGCCGCGCGCAGCGUGUGAUGGGGACUACUUCCUGGGUUGUUCUUUAAUAGAUUUCGUCCUCCUCCAAGAUCGGCAUGAUUUGGGUCAUGUGAUGUUUGGUCUGUUUUCACCAUAGCAA